AUGAAAUAUAAGGAAGGCAAAUCCUUAGCGGAUCACUUGAACGAAAUUCAAGGGAUCCUGGAUCAGUUGUCCGAAGCCAAGAUCUCCUCAGAGAUUGUCAACUCAGCGGAGAAUGGUGACACAAUUGAACUGUGGCACAAACGGCUCAGUCACAUGAGUGAGAAGUCCAUGGCGAAGUUGGCCCAGAAGAAAUUCAUAGUUGGGUUGGAUCAUGUUCAUCUAAAGAAGUGUGCUGAUUGCCUGGCGGGAAAGCAAAAUAGAGUUGCUUUCAAAAGCUCCAUCCCUUCAAAAGCAAAGAACGUGUUGGAUCUAGUUCACUCAGAUCUCUAUGAACCCAAUGUCAACGUCAAAUCACUUGGAGGUGUCAGAUAUUUCUUGGCAUUCAUUGAUGACCAUUCACGGAAGACCUGGGUGUAUACCUUGAAAACCAAGGAUCAGGCCAUAGAUGUUUUCAAGCAAUUCCUGGCCUUGUUGGAGAGGGAAACUGGCAAGAAGCUGAAGUGCAUCCGCACUGACAAUGGUCGAGAGUACAGAGGUCCAUUUGCUACCUUCUGCAAGGAACAUGGAAUUUGGCAGCAAUUCAUACCACCAAAGAUGCCACAAUUGAAUGGGCUAGUUGAAAUGAUGAACAUGACCCUGCUAGAGAGAGUCAGGUGCUUGUUAUCACACUCGAAGCUACCACAAUCUUUCUGGGGUGAGGCACUGCUCGCAUCAGUUUAUGUGAGGAACAGGUCACCAAGUGUGCCACUGAAGUAUGACGCCCCAGAGAAGCGCUGGAGCUGUGACGCGAAACCACGUGACGUGGGUUGCCGGACCUGCGCCGACUACGCCCGUUCCCAACUGUCCUACGCCGCGGACUUCGUCCUCAACCACGUCUUCCUCCAGCACAACGCCACCGACCAACGAGGGUACCAGCAGGUCAAGCUCUUCGGCAACAAGUUCAACGCCUCCCACGUGGCGUACACGGGCGCCAACGAGAUCUACUUCAGCGCCGACUUCAUCGAGACCUAUUCUGCCCCUGACCUCAAGAGGGAGUUCUCCGGCGUGCUGCAUAGGGAGAUGGCGCAUGUGUGGCUGUGA